UCGUAAUGAUAAUUAUUGUAUUUAGUAGAAUGUACAUAUACAAUGUAUUUAGUACAAUAAUAGUAUGAUCGUUGUUGUCAAAUUCUUUCAAUAUCAUUGAAUAGCACCUACAACUCAAUGUCAGGGAACAUAAAGGAACAUUUUAGGUUUGUUUAAUUCUUUUUUCAUUAUUCUUUACUACGAUGAGUCAGCAGUAACUAUAAAUAGCAGCCUUUAUCAACGAUUAAAAAUUUACAUAAACGCUAAACAAUUACUCUGGCGAAUAUCGGGGCAACGUUGGGACCGCGACUCGAGCACCGCUCUAUCGUAGGAUCGUGGAUCACCUGUGAUUAAGUCCUCCGGAGGACUUCGCUCUCGCGAGUUCCCAUACCCUAGUUUUCUGCCGGCGAGCGUGGCGUGCGAGCACCGAUCGCGUUUCUCCGUUGCGAAAUUCAUGCGCGCGCGAUCGUGCCGCGAGGCUGGGCACGAUCAGAAAGGAUCGAACCGGUGCUCGUUCAAUUUAAUACGGAAAAUCAAUCGGACCCGACGCGAUUCUAGUGUUACCCGAAGGAAUCCUGAAAAGACACGAUCCCGAGGAUCCCGUGGACUGGAAACGACAAAUGUCGGAAUUAUCGGCGAGAUUCGAAGAGACGGACGAUAGGAGCUGCCGUUCUGACGACUCCAACGGCGAUAUCUUCAAGAAUGUCCCGAAGAACAGCACUACGUUCCGUGUUUGGAAAAUCGAGGGUUUACGGGUCGCGGCCGUCACCGGAAGUAACAUCGGAUACUUCCUCUCAGAGCUGGCAUACAUUAUCUAUGCAGUGUCGCCGAAGGACGGUCCGCUCCCUUAUCCUGGGAUGCCGGUUAAGGAGCUGAAAUCAGCUCCAGCAGUACGUGUCAUUCAUUUCUGGAUUGGAUCGGCGUGCGACUCGACGAUUUCCGGGGCAGCCGCCCUCCGCGCUGCGGAGCUGGACUCCCAGAUAUCCGCCACGAUUCUUCUGCGAGAGGCGCAGGGCCGCGAAAGUCCGAGGUUUCUAGCGUACUUCCGGCAGCAUUUCGUUAUCGAGAGGCUCCAUUUCGAGCCGCCUUCUUGCACACUGCACAGAGUCACCGGUGUGGCGAUCCCUAUCUUAACGGAACUCGAAAAAGUACACUGGGACCAUUUCAGUUCACGCGACGUGAUUCUCGUAGACGUCCUGUCCAAGGGCAUCAUUUUCCUAUGGCUGGGAUCGUUAUCAGAUCCACUGCAUAAACGACACGCGGUAACCGUCUUAGAAACGAAGAAAGAGAACAACAAUGGACGUGUCGUCAUCGUGGAAGAUGGUUACGAGCAGACUCUGGCUGACGAUGAAAAGCAACUAUUCGCGAGCAUUUUGGAUCCAUCUACAAGGGUGGUUCAACCAGAUCGUCCUCACAGAAUCAACACGCCGGCCCCCGUUAAACUAUAUAGGUGCAGUGAGCAAUCCGGCAAAUACAAGGUAGCAGAGCUGAAGUCUGGACCGAUUCUACAAUCCGAUCUCACGUCUGAGUCUGUUUAUCUGAUUGAUCGCGGCGAGGCCGGUGUAUGGGCUUGGGUCGGACACGGAGUUAACGCCAGAGAAAAGCUGGAAGCUGUGCGCAACGCACGUGGAUUCGUGAAAAAGAAGAACUAUAGCAACGGUGUCUCUGUUGGUAGAGCAAUUGAAACUAGCGAACCAAUAGAGAUGAAGGCUCUUGUUAGGGGUUGGGAACCAUCAAAGAACAGACCGCUCUCCCUGCCGCCUAGCUUCGAGCCGGAUUACAUGAACGAAAGACCCAGGAUGGCCGCCGAAUGUCAAUUAGUUGAUGACGGAUCCGGUGAAAAGACUCUUUGGAGAGUAACUGAAAAGGAAGGAAUGGUCCAAAUUGAAGAUAAAGGCAUAUACUAUGCGGAGGCUUGUUACGUGAUGUGUUACAAAUAUGGUCAAGGACGCAAGAGCAAAUGCAUAGUUUACUGUUGGGAAGGAGUUCAUUCUAUAAAGGUAGACCGAGAAGCUGCUUUAGAAGUCGCUUGCCGUCUGUCAGAAGACAGUUCUGCUCAGCUAGUGAAAGCGUGUCAAGGCAGAGAACCACCUCAUUUGCUUCAAAUUUAUGAUGGAAAAUUGAAAAUACUGGCUGGAAGACAUCGUGAUUCUCCACCGGAAAAGUAUCUUGUCAGAGUUUUUGGGUCUACGCCUUAUUCAUCGAAAGCAGUCGAACGUCCUUUGCGAUCUAACAGCCUCGAUUCUAGUGGAGUUUUCAUUCUGUUCUCGGAUAUGCCUGUGGUAUGGUGCGGCGGUAAAAGUACAGGCGACGCUCGACAAGCUUCAAGACGACUUGCGCCUAGAAAUGCACUGUUGAUGAUUGAGAACAAGGAAGAUAAUGAUUUCUGGGUAGAGCUUGGAGGUAAAGGUACUUAUGGCACAGAAACUGUCGACAUGGUAGAGGAGCUUGAGAAACAUUUGUAUCACUGCCUAACCGAAGGAGAUACGUUUGUUGGAGAAGAGGUUCUUGGAUUUGGACAGAACUGCCUUCUUCCAGAAGCUAUUUGGUUGCUAGAUGCUGGAAAUGUAAUAUGGAUCUGUAUGGGGAAAUCUUCAACGCCUAAGUCAUUAAGGGAAUGCGUGUACGAUGCAAUGGUGUUCCUGUAUACUCAUCCAACUAGUCGAGAUAGAAAUACUACAAUUUCUGUAAUUAAACAAGGUGCUGAACCUUCAACAUUCAUAGGACUCUUUGACAAUUGGAAUUACAAUUUGUUGAGGGACUAUAAAUCGUUUGAAACGUUUUAUACACUAUUGCAAGAUAAAGAACCAUUAACGAAGAUGCAAAUAUCGUCAAAGUCAUCGAGCGUUUUUGAUAGCUACGUGAAAUAUCCCCUUUCUAUAUUGAAAAACGAUCCAGAAAAUUUACCACCCGGCGUUGAUGUGGCUCGCAAAGAGAUGCACCUUACUUUCGAUAACUUUAUUGCCAUUUUUAAAAUGGAACCAGACGAAUUUGUAAAAUUGCCUCCUUGGAAGAGGCAAAGAUUGAAGCAAUCUGCAGGCCUUUUUUAACUUAUAGAUCUCUACCCCGUUAUAAUAAAGUUUGUAUGAUAGUCAUUAUAAGAUAAUCAAAAUAUAAGAAUAUACAUCUUGAAUUUUAUUGUUUGGAAUUAAGUUUAUUAAUCAAAAGAACAUAAGGCCAAAAGGCUCUGUUGUUAAAAAUUAGCAUACCAUGAGCUUAUACUUAGAAAUACCUAAUGCACAUUUCAAGAUGAAGUAUCCAUUGCUUCCUCUGUAACUCUACGAAUAGUUUCUUCUUCGAUAAUUAUAGGAUGAACUGUUUUGCUGAGUAUGGCAGUGGUACCCCGCUUGUAUCGAUACGAUAUUGAACGUUCUCCUUUUACAUUAGCGAUAUCGUAAGGUCGCAAAUAAUCAACGGAACCCUUACGUAUGACGCACAGAUCAACGUUAGAACCAGAAGCCAAAUCAUUGAAUACACCAGCACGUAUUGCAUCCGCUACAAGUUCUUUAGCUUCCUCUUCCUAUAUGCAAAUUACAAUAGAAAUUUAUUACAUAAAAAUGAAAUAU